GCGAGUGCAAAUGCUGUCCACAGUACGCUCGACCUUACCACGCUCUUUGCGUGCAGGUGCUCCUUUAGCACGCAUCCACAGCGCUGCCACACCUCUCCUCGCCAAGUCGCUCUCGCGUCCGACUCCCGUUCAAGCUCGUUCGACAGCAAUUCUCAGGACCAGCCUAGGCAUACGCACGAUGUCUCACCACGCAGAUGCUGCGGAGAGUGCCGUACGCCCCGAGCCCGACCAGGUGCUCCAGGACAUCGCCGAUUACGUGCACAGCUACAAUAUCGACUCUGAGCUGGCAUUUGAGACAGCGAGGCUCUGUCUGAUCGAUACCAUAGGAUGCGGUCUCGAGGGCAUGCGGUUUGAAGCCUGCGCACGUUUGAUGGGCCCGGUGGUCGAGGGUACAGUCGUGCCGCACGGCACCAAAAUCCCUGGAACUAACUUCCAGGUUGACCCCAUCCGUGGCGCGUUUAACAUUGGUACUCAAAUUCGAUGGCUCGACUUCAAUGACUGCUGGCUCGCAGCCGAGUGGGGACAUCCUUCGGACAAUUUGGGUGCCAUCCUGGCCGUCGCUGAUCACCUCGCGCGCAAGGGCCAGCCUCUAACCGUCCGCGAUGUGCUCGAGUCCAUGAUCAAAGCUCAUGAAAUCCAGGGUCAGCUCGCCCUUCUGAACUCGUUCAAUCGGGUUGGCCUUGAUCAUGUCGUCUUGGUCAAGGUGGCUAGCACCGCCGUCGUAUCCAAGCUCUUGGGCCUUGACCGUGUGCAGACUAUCGAUGCCGUUUCCCAGGCGUGGGUAGAUGGCCAGUCUUUGCGGACAUACCGCCAUGCCCCGAACACCCAAUCGCGCAAGUCAUGGGCCGCCGGCGAUGCCUGUUCCCGUGCAGUCAAUUUGGCUUAUCUAGUUAAGAAGGGAGAGAAGGGCAUGCCGUCCGUCCUCACCGCGAAAACAUGGGGCUUCUAUGACGUACUCUUCAAGGGCAAGCCGUUUGAAUUCGCGAUGCCUUACACAUCGUACAUCAUGGAGAACGUGCUUUUCAAGAUCUCGUAUCCGGCCGAGUUCCACGCUCAGACGGCCGUCGAAGCCGCACAUAUACUCCAUGCGAAGCUCAAGGAGAUGGGCAAGAGCUCUGACGACAUCAAAAGUAUCCGUAUUCGUACACAAGAGGCUGCCAUGCGCAUUAUCAAUAAGAAGGGGCAUUUGGACAACUUUGCCGAUCGAGACCACGAUAUUAACUACAUGGUUGCGUUCCCGCUCAUCUUCGGCGAACUCACAUCUGAAUCUUACAUGGAUACGGCGGCCGCGGAUCCACGGAUCGAUGCGCUGCGUGCGAAAAUCACCUGCGUCGAGGAGAAGCAGUACAGUAUUGACUACCACGAGCCCUCGAAGCGCUCCAUCUCAAAUGCCAUUACCGUCGAACUCAACGACGGCUCUGUCCUGCCCGAAGUCGAGGUCGAGUACCCCGUUGGACACAAGCGCCGCCGUGCUGAGGGCACGCCCCUCCUGCUUGCUAAGUUCAAGAGGCAUAUCUCUGCCCACUUCGAUGGGGCUCAGCAGAAGAAGAUUUUGGACACCGUCAACGACGCGGCUUCCUUUGCUAAGCUCCCCAUUGAUAAGUUCACUGACCUCUUCGUCAAGGCGUAAAUCAUGUGGUGUAGUGAGACUUUGGACGGUGAUAGGAUCGUUGCCGGAGUGCGAUUUUCGUCGUUCGACGAUCCUGUACUGUUGUUACGAGACAUUUCUUU